AUACUAUCCGCCACCAAUUCCUAAUCGUAUCGACUUGUGACACUCUUACAACAACUUAGAUGUCUCGAAGAUCCCUGCAGAAUCUCUCCGCUUCCAAGAACAUCUGGAAUUUACCCGACCCUGUCUUCGUGAACUUCACCAAUACCUCUCAUCCGUCUGUAGGAUCGAAGGAUUCAUCUGCUCGUCCGAAUAUAUUCUUGGACUGAUCAAACACUGCCGAUACGACGUGCGGAAGUGUCUUAUGCAACUUCAGUAUGAUGCAGGCGUCAUACGGAGCAAACCAGCCCUCUCACGAUCGUCCUCUGGCAUCUUGUCCGCGAAUCGCAGUACCACCCCGGUGCCCGUAUCACCUAGCAAUCCAGUGAACAAUCAUGGAGAUGGAUUACAAAAUGGAAACAGGACAGGAAACGGGGCAGGGUCGCCAGCUCGGAAGAAGCCGCAGCGGCUGUUGAGGAUCAGCGCGAAAGGAAUUGUGCCGGCCUCAGCGCCUGUGGGAUUAAUGGAUCGGAAGGUGGGGUUGAACCCGAAACAGGAAUUGGAGCGCCUGGAUGUUCAGGCGCAGUAUGCAGAGAUGAUGUCCUUGUGCGAUUCUGGGCUGCGGAUGAAACCUGCGCGCGUUAUUCAGUACUAUGAAGCAGACCAGUUCGAGGCGAGUAAGGACGAUGUGGUGGGACAACACUUUUCGGUCUACAAGCGACCAUCGGGCGCAGACCACUUGUUGCUGGAUCAAGAGAUCGCCUGUCUUGUGGAGGAGGGCAGCGAAUCCUUAUAUAUGUCCCUGGCGGAGGAACAAGGGAUGUCACCGACGUUUUCUUUUGAAGAUACGAUCAAGAAGGAUGAUCCUGCACAGUCGCUCUCAAAGAAUUUUGUUCCACAGAACGAUGCUAUGGCAAGAAACGUACAAAACAUGCAACCUGCAUUGGAACAGACAUUAUCGCUGCACGGACUCCGGUUCAACCUCGACACAACUUUCGAGAUCUACGCACCAUUACUCCGGUCCAUGAUCCACGCAGAGGCUAUCAACACGGUCAUACCCACCGGCAAACGAACCAUGCGCAGCGGUGGACAUUUGCGACGGCACCUCAACAGGCUAUCGGAUUCUGAGCGUGGGUUGAUGCUCGCCACUGCUUUUUCGUUGCCAUUGUCAUCCUUGUCAUCUCCGUAAGCUAGAAUCGAGAAAUAGUAUUAACCCCUCGACAUGUAAAUUAUAGACAGGUCUUCUUUUUUUUCUUUUUGAUAAUAAUAAUAAGAAAAAAAACGACU